AUGUCUCGUCUUCCUGUCCAAAGGAUCCUUCUUACCGGUGCAACAGGCUAUGUCGGUGGUACUGUUCUCGACCACCUCGUAAAAGCCCAAGAUGAGGUUCUAAAAGCCCUCACCAUCGAUCUUCUCAUUCGAAGUGAUGACGCUGCCGCCAAACUUCGCUCGACUUACGGCGACCGCGUGAAUCCCAUUCAAUGGGCUGGUCUCCAUGACGUCGACUACAUCAGGGACAUCGCAUCCAAUUAUGAGCUUAUCAUCAACACUGGCUCGGGUUUUAUUCCAGACGGAGCCGAAGCUUUUGUGCGGGGCCUCGCUCGUCGCGUUGAACCAGGUGUUCCCCCGCCUUGGCUACUGCACAUCUCAGGUUGUAGCAAUUUAGCUGAUCGGCCACUUACUCAAAAAGCGUAUCCAGAUAGAGAAUGGAAUGAUACGGACGGAAAUUCUGUUUACGAGUUUUUGAAGUCUGAAGACGCGCGAGAACCUUAUCUUCAGAGAACUACCGAGGUUCGUGUCUUGACUACAGCUGAAGAGACUGGUGUGCAAGCUGUCAGCCUCAAUACGCCAGUGAUCUUUGGGGCUGGCAAAGGGCUUUUUAACCAACAGGGCAUCAUUAUACCAAUUAUCAUGCGAUACGUUAUUCAGCACGGACAUGGGUUCAAGUUGAACGAGACUGCGAACUGGGACUGGGUUCAUGUUGAGGAUCUUGCUGACGCCUUUGUGCUCCUCACUCGAACUAUUCUGGAGCGGGAAGACCGCGGAGUAGGCCAUAUUCCAACUGGGAAGAACGGAAUUCUUUUUCCAGCUGUGGGGAGGGCUCUUCAGACCGAGAUCAUGCAAAGGUGUCUUGAUGCCGCGUUUGAUGAAGGGAUCUUACCUCGUGAAGAUACGCCUCCGUCAAAGGAGAUUCGGGAUGUUACUUUGCAAGAGCUGGCGGACGAGAUCACAGCUGGCCUAGUUGAUAUGGCAGAACGCGGAUGGGCGGGUACAAAGUCGAUGAAGGGUACUGAGUUGAAACGACUGGCUGGUUGGAAUCCUAGUCGUUUGGAAGAUGCCUGGAAACAGGAUUUUAAGGAUGAGCUUGAGGCAUUGAAGAAUGGGAAGAGGCCAUGGACACUGGAGAGCUGCAUUGGUAAGGCUGGAUAG